AACGAUAGUUUUGGGAAACACUUAAAUGGUUGAUCUAUGCUGGAACGACGGAACUUGCGACCAUAGUUGGCUAACGAUGCUUUUGGGAAACGCACCCCUGGAUGACAGGAAGUGCUAAACGAUGACGAUACUAAGGUCAAAGUUGAGGAUCGCCCAAUGAGAAACAGACGAGCCUUACAGUCUGUCACUAAAGAAAAGCAAAACAAUGCCAAGGAGCCGAUCUGCAGAUUUUAAAUUUCACCCACAGUAAGAUCCUGUCAUCCAGGAUCAGCUCUUCAUCAUAAUGGAUGAAAGCAGCCUGGAAGAAGCUAUCAAGACCUACAGCGCACAGCUCCAGCAAGUGGAAGUGGCGUUAGCCGCUGGUCUGGGUUCAGCUGAGCAAGCUGAUCUUCUAAAACUAAAGGAGGAUCUGCAGCAGCUCAUUGAACUCACAGAAUCCAGCCUGGUGUCUGUCAAAAAGAGCCUGUUGCUGGCAUCCCUGGAGGAUCCCUUAACAAACCAAAGUGUCUCAUCAGUUACUCAUGAAACUUCUAAGGAAAACACUCUAGGUGACGAGUUUGCUGCUUUCUAUUCUGAACUGACCGAGAACCCUGCUGUGGUGAGACAGAACGUGCAAUCUGAUGAUGAGCAGGAGGAGAACGGCGUGGAAGAAGAGGAUCUAACUGGAACAAAAGUACAAGCUCCGUAUCGUACGUCGUGGGGAACGUUAGAGUACCACAACGCCAUGGUGGUCUGCCCUGAGGAGCCUGAAGGGGACGAGGCUCGAGUCAGAGUGCUUUACCUUCAUCCCACCAACAAAUCAAUGAAAGCCUGUGGCUUCUACCUAGAGGACAAAUGCCGUUUCUUGGACAACUGCAGGUACUCUCAUGGUGAGGUGGUGUGUGUGUCUGAACUACGGGACUUCCUGGAGGCUGACAUCAGUAACAUGGAGUCAGGCUCUGCGUGUCUGGCCAAGCACGAAGAUGGCAUCUGGUACCCAGCCAGAAUAUCAGAAAUCGAAGGUGGUUUUUACACAGUGAAAUUUGACUCGCUGCUGUUGAAAGAGGCUGUGCUGGAGGCUGAUGGAAUCAUACCUCCUCUUCGUCAGGAUGAUUCUUCCUCAUCGGACUCGGAGAAUGAUUCUGACCAGUGUGAUGGUGGCUAUGCUAAAGUGUUCACUUCAUCUAAAGAGGACAUGACAAAAGUAAACAGUGCUGAGUUUUGUGGUUGGGAGGCUCAUACGCGUGGCAUCGGCUCUAAACUACUGCUAAAAAUGGGUUAUGAGCUUGGGAAAGGUUUGGGGAAAACACUGUCUGGUCGAGUAGAGCCAGUUCAGGCAGUUGUUCUUCCAAAAGGCAAUUCAUUGGACCAGUGUGCCGAAUUAACUCAGAGAAAAACAGCUGCUGCAAUCGCUAAGGAUAACCCAGCUUCCCGUAAACCAAAAGCUAAAAAGAAAAAGGCCUCCGUGUCGACACGGCAUAACGUUUUUGACUUUUUGAACUCUAAACUUAGCGAUGAAGCUCAACCUGUGCCUCAUUCAUCAAGCUCAUCGGUCACUGGUGACGAGGCCUACAGGGGUGGAAAAAGCACCAAGCGCUCCCUAAAUGUUCGUCUGUUCCAGGCCACAGAAAAAGUAGCUCAGGUGGAGAAAGAAAUUCAGCAGCUCACAGAGUCUAUCCGCAGACGAAAUGGAAGGGAUGCUACAGUGGUCAGUCGAAUAGAGGAGAAGCUCGCCGCCUCUCGAAAGUUGCUGGAGCAGCUGAAGGCACAGGAGCGGUCAAUCCAGGGAGAACAUAAGAAAGCAGACACACACAAGAAAAUGACCGAAUUCUGAGAAAAACCUUUUUUAUACUGUUAUUUUGUUUGUUAUUAACAAAUGUUUUAUUUACCUAGAUGAAUCUUUUAUUCAGUUUAAAUUAAAGCUGUGUAUGAAUAAACAUGAGGAUGUCUA